AUCAUCUGAAUCCAUCUAAUAAGAAAACAACUCCAGGGAGUCCGGUCCGAGCUGCAUAGACACUAAAGGCAAGUUUGAUCUCCUCACUAAACAACAAACCGGACGCAGGCCGUCAUGGUCCGUGGCGUAUCAGGCGGCGGAGACCUCGACGAGUGCGUCCUCACCGUUUGGGGAGAGUGGAAGGGGAGAAGUGGGCGCUGCGAUCCUCUUCUCGCCGCCUCGGUCCUCAUGCGUUGCAGACGGUGUUGAGUGAACCGGAGCUCGGCUGCUUAAGCGGCAAGGAGCUGCGAGGAAUUUUUUUUUUCUUAAAAAGUGCGGACACUGCUGCGGACGCUCAACCGGGGACCCAUGCAGGCAAAUAUGUUGUUCUGUCCACUCAAACUGCCCAUCGGAGCAGACUCGCACCAACAGCAACAUUACCGGACGGACCUUUACGCACGGUCAUAUAACAGGACCGCAUGAAGGACAGAGGCAUAAAGAGACGGCAAAAGUUGAACGCGAUAACGGGGUUUGUAAUGGAUACGGAUAAAGGCUCGUCAAAGGUCUCUGGAUCCAAAUGUCACCCCCCCUGGACUUUGCCCCGGUGGGGGACCAGCAGUGUGUGACGGACAGGCGAGUGGAGCCUGCGGUGGCUCUAUACUGUGUGGCUUCAAAUUGGCCCUGGCUGGGCUCUGCGUGGAGCAACGAGUGAAGAGUCCUGCUACGGUCUGAUGUCUCAGCAUGGAUGGAGUCACUCAGAGGACUGGCCACCACUAAUGAGACCAUCGCUCUUCAGCUGAGGACUAGCAUUUACAGGAUUACUCCCACGAUUUCCUGCUCUUUUCCCAGUUAACUGCAUCAUUACCAAAUUCUCCUAGGUGGACUUCCUUGGGUCUAUGUUUUUGGUGGAUAUACUUCAUUGCCUUCCUGAUUUUGAUAUUUGUUUUAUUUCCUCAAAGUUCCUUUUUUUUUAUUUGAUUUUCCUUUUUGUGUUUUGUUUUUCCACUAUGGAGUUUCUGGCUGGACCCUGGAAUAAAGAUUGGGCUUCGUUCAUGCAGUUUUGGUUGACUGUCAUCCUAAGCCUCCAAAUGCAGUUCCGCCUGGGUGCCUCUUGCCCGGUGGAGUGCCGUUGUGACAAAACGUUUGUGUACUGUAACGAGCGCAGCCUGACGUCGGUGCCUCUGGGAGUCCAGGAGGGCUAUAAGGUCCUCUUCCUUCAUAACAACCAGAUCAACAAUGCUGGCUUCCCCGUGGAGCUUCACAAUGUGGCCUCCGUGGAGACCGUCUAUCUCUACGGCAACCAGCUGGACGAGUUCCCGCUCAAUCUGCCCAAAAACACCAGAGUUUUGCAUCUACAGGAGAACAAUAUCCAAACUAUCUCCAAGACAGCCCUGGCCCAGCUGACCCAACUGGAGGAGCUGCACCUCGAUGAUAAUUCCAUCUCCACAGUGGGGGUGGAAGAAGGGGCCUUCAGGGAGGCAGUCAGCCUAAAACUCCUCUUCCUCACCAAGAACCACUUGAGCAGUGUUCCCAUUGGCCUCCCAGAGGACCUGAAAGAGCUGCGGCUGGAUGAGAACCGCAUUGCUAUCAUUGCAGAGGAGGCAUUCCAGAAUGUGACACGCCUGCAGCGCCUCCUGCUGGACGGGAACCUGCUUACGGAUGAGGGCAUUGCACCAGGGACCUUCCAGGACCUUGUCAACCUCCGUGAGCUUGCCCUGGCACGUAACUCUCUCACCUUCCCCCCUCCCCUCUUACCCGGCCAGUCACUGGUCAAACUCAGCCUGCAGGAGAACCAGAUAGACCAGAUCCCUGUGGCAGCCUUCUCUGGCCUCCACCGGCUUGAAAAACUGGAUAUCUCAACCAACCAGCUUCAGACCCUCACACAGGGCGUGUUUGAUGGGCUGAUGAGCCUAAGGCAACUCACAGUGCGGAAUAAUCCCUGGCGCUGUGACUGCGCUGUGAAAUGGGUCGUGGUGUGGCUCAAGUCGUUGCCUACCUCCCUCAAUGUCCGAGGGUUCAUGUGCCAGAGUCCAGAGAAGGUGCGCGGCAUGGCAAUCCGAGAACUCACCUUGGAUGUUAUCCAGUGCCCAGCUGGUGCUGACCAGUCACCCUGGCCCACCCUCCGCUCCACGCCUCCUUCCCCUCUCACCACCACCCCUCUCACCACCAUGAUCACCACCCUUAUUCCCUCCUCCACCCCUUACUACUUUGAGUCACCCUCCCCUCCCUUACCCCCUCUCCACAACAACCCCUCCGGCCCCUUGCCUCCUUAUGAGGAUCCUCUGCAGAUCUUUUUUCAUGUAGUCAACUCCACCUGCAUCGAGGUGAGUUGGGCCUCCUAUUUCACUGUCACAGCCUACAAGGUCACUUGGGUUAAACGGGGCCAAAGCCCGAUGAGUGACGGGACCCGGGAGCGGAUUGUGAGUGGGGACCAGCGGCACCUCAGCCUCACUAACCUGGAGCCCCGGUCUGUGUACCGGAUCUGUGUGUAUGUGCUGGACACCCUAAACUCCUACAGGCCUGGAGAGGAUACUAUAUGCUCUGAGGCCAGGACCAAGUCAGCCUCCAAUGUCAAGUCUACCGGCUCAGAGCAGGCUGCUCAGCAGGACAUCAACUCAACGCUGCUAUUGGCUGGGAUCAUAGGUGGGGUGGUGCUUAUCGUCCUGGUAACACUGCUCAGCCUGUUCUGCUGGCACAUGCACAAGAAGAGCCGGUCAUCUUCUACCAAGUGGAAAUACAAUCGGGGCAGGAGAAAAGAUGACUAUUGUGAGGCUGGAACCAAGAAGGAUAACUCCAUUCUGGAGAUGACUGAAACCAGUUUCCAAAUAGUGUCACUGAACAAUGAGCAGCUGCUCAAGGGAGAUUUCCGCAUUCAGCCCAUCUACACACCCAAUGGGGGCAUUGGAUUUAGAGACUGUCACCUCAGUAACAACAGCAUAGCCUACUGCAAGAGCAGCAACGUGCCCAGUACAGAGUUCUGCCACACGUGAUGCAGCAGCAAAUACAGUACAGAGGCAGACACACGGACACACACACACACACACACACACACACGCACGCAUACACAUAUUCACAUUCCACACAGACACA